GCUUUUCCUUUCUUCCCUCUUCUUCUUUUCAAGCUUUUCAUGAUCUUUCCUCUCCUUUAAAUUUUCUUGUUCCCCCUAUUUCUAAAUAUUUCUUUUUAAGUGUCUUCUUUCUAUAUCAUUUAACUUACUCCCACUAUAUCAUUUACUUACAUAUCCCAAACAAAAAGAUCCCAUGUUGAAUUUCUUAUAACAUAUAUAAGAAAUAAGAUUAGUAAUUAACUCAAGAAAUACAAUAUUUCCUCCUCAAAAAACUUAUUAGCAUUAUUUUUGGGAAAAAAAAAGAAGAAGAUGAAUAGAGAGAUGAAUGGUUAUGAAGGAGAAGGAGUUGCAAAAGAAAUGAGAAUAGAUUAUGUGUAUAAAGUAGUUGUAAUUGGAGAUUCAGCAGUUGGAAAAUCUCAAUUACUAUCAAGAUUUGCAAAGAAUGAAUUUUGUUUAGAUUCAAAGUCUACAAUUGGUGUUGAGUUUCAAACUCGUACUGUUACUAUUAAAUCUAAAGUUGUCAAAGCUCAGAUCUGGGAUACUGCUGGCCAAGAAAGGUACAGAGCAGUAACAAGUGCAUACUACAGAGGAGCACUAGGGGCAGUAGUAGUGUACGACAUAACAAAGAGACAAACAUUUGAUCAUGUAGCAAGAUGGAUAGACGAGCUCCGGGCACACGCCGAUAACUCGAUUGUGAUCAUGCUGAUCGGUAACAAGGCUGAUCUAGUGGAUCAAAGGGCGGUACCGACAGAAGAUGCUGUAGAGUUUGCACAAGAUCAGGGCUUGUUCUUCUCAGAGGCAUCAGCCCUUAGUGGGGACAAUGUAGAGAAAGCAUUCUUUAGGGUACUUGAGGAGAUAUAUAGUAAUGUGACCUCUAAGAAAGCCUUAGACUGUGAUUCUCCUACAGGGAAUAAAUUGAAUGGUCAUGCUUCAGUUCCAUUACAGGGCUCGAAAAUCGAUGUUAUAUCAGGUUCUGAUCUUGAGAUCAGUGAGAUGAAGAAGUUGCCCUCUUGUUCUUGCUAAUAACUCUUGUGAUUGAACAGUAUUUUGUCUAUUUUAAUUGUAACAUGUGAAUGAGCUGAGUAUUGUUAAACUUGCAUACUAUGGUGAAUUUAUAUGCAACGGGUAGGGAGUGUUAGUAGUCUUAAAGUUCAAAGAAUGACAUUGUUACUCCCAAAUUAUAUACUUCUUCCAUUUUGAAAUAAGUGAAACACUUCUCUAUUUUAUGUGAGAGCUUUUUGAAGAGAGUGUUUCAAUAUUUGAGAACGGAAGAAGUACAAAUCUACUAUUUGCGUCGCACCGUAUGCUAUGUGCGACGCAAAUGGUUACAAGAUUUGCGUUGUUUCCUAAUACGACGUAAAUUACUUAUUGGCCGUUUGCGGAUGAUUUAUAAGUGAUUUGGGGUGACCUAGCAUAUUAUAUGCCUAUAUAUUGUAUACUUGGCUGGUUUUAAGUGUGGCCAUUGGUACAUUUUGGGAUCACUAGGUGUGCUUCACUAUAAAGUUCUAUUUUGGGGUAGUUGAUAUAUCAAUCUCUGAUAUUUAAAGAGGUUCGCGAGUGUGUAAAAUUAUGUGAAACAUCGAUAUUUUUAUUCUAUGUGAAACAUUAUUGUUGUGA